AUGUCAAAUUCUACUAUUUCAUCACUUAAUUUUGCUUCUCAACAAGUGGUUAUUUAUGUGGGUUUCUUUAUUUUUAUCGGUGGUGUUAUUGGUAAUCCAUUGACUCUGCUUGUCUUUCUUAGUCUUCGAACUUUUCGAGAAAGUUCAUGUGCAUUUUAUUUAAUUGCCAUGUCAACGAUUAAUAUUUGUCAUUUAUUCACUGGUACUUUCACUUAUAUCAUGAUUAAUGGAUUUAAAAUUAAUUGGUUAAAUAUGUCAAUAAUUUAUUGUAAAUUUCGUGCAUUUUAUGUUCAAUUUUGUGUAUUAACAUCUUUUUCAUGUAUGUGUUUGGCAAUUAUUGAUCAAUUCAUGGCAACUUGCUCUAAUCCUCGAUGGCAUCAAUGGAAUAAUAUUAAAUUAGCUCGUUAUAUAUUGGCGGGAACAAUUAUAUGUUGGAUACUUCAUGGUAUCCCAUUUAUAUUAUAUUACGGUUAUACUGUAUCAUCUAUAACAGGUCUACCCAACUGUGUCGUCAUUAAUGCCAUUUUUCAAAAAUAUAUAAAUUUUUUUCAUUCAUGUAUUCUCAUAGGUGUAUUACCCAUGACAAUUAUCAUCUUAUUUGGAAUAUUAUCAUAUCGAAAUAUCCAACAGAUAGCUUAUCGAACUAUUCCAUUAGUCAGACGGGAAUUAGAUAAACAAUUGACAGUAAUGGUUCUUGUACAAGUCAUUUUCGAUGUUAUCGCUGUUUCACCAUUAGUUAUUCAGAGUAUAUUUAGAGCUGUUUAUAACACUCCAAAUGAUCCACUUAUUUCAGCACAAUUGAAUUUACUUGGUAGUGUAACUACUAUUAUGAAUAAUUUUCAUUUUGUGAGUUCAUUUUACAUCUAUAUAUGUGCAUCGAAACGAUUUCGUCAACAAUUCAUUCAUGUUUUAUUUACAAUUUAUCAUGAUCGACUUCGUCCUGGCAAUGUAAAUAAUAAUCAAAUACAGCCACAAACAUGA